AAAGGGCAAUUUAGGUAUUUGAAAAUGAGAAUCGUAGAAUCAGUGAAGAAAACGAAGAAUGCAGAAAAACUCCAUGGAAAAUCAGGAGAGAUAAAUGAAAGUAGCAGGCUCAAUUUCACUAUUAGCAAAGCCAAUUGCAGUGCUUAUAUUCUCACUCUUUAUCACCCUCCUUUUCAUCUUCAUCUCUAACCCGAAUCCAGACCCAAACCCGAACCCGAACCCGAAACCGAAACAAAUGGCAGCGGGUCGGAGCAGGAGCUUCAUAUUAUGGCUUCAUGGGUUGGGUGAUUCUGGACCAGCCAACGAACCCAUCAAAGGUUUCUUCACUUCUCCUGAGUUUAAUUCCUCCAAAUGGUCUUUCCCUUCUGCCCCAGCAAACCCAGUUACCUGCAAUUAUGGCGCUGUCAUGCCCUCAUGGUUCGACAUUCCUGAGAUACCAGUGACGGCUCAUUCUCCAAAUGAUGAAGCUUCUGUGUUGAAAGCAGUGAAAAACGUCCACGCAAUGAUAGACAAAGAGAUUGACUUAGGCAUAAGUCCUGAUAACAUAUUUGUUUGUGGAUUUAGUCAAGGAGGUGCUUUGACCUUGGCUAGUGUAUUGCUUUAUCCAAAAACUUUAGGAGGUGGUGCAAUUUUCAGUGGCUGGGUUCCUUUUAAUCAUUCCUUUAUUGAACAAUUUCCAGCAGACGCAAAGAAGACACCAAUUUUGUGGUCACAUGGAUUAUCUGACCCAACUGUCUUAUUCGAGGCAGGGCAAGCUGGUCCUCCUUUCCUUGAAAAAGCUGGUGUUACCUGCGAGUUUAAGGCUUAUCCAGGUUUAGGACAUUCUAUUAGCACCGAGGAGUUGAAGAAUCUUGAAUCAUGGGUCAAGUCAUGUUUAAGUAGCUCUUCUUAGCACGUUCCUCUCACCCUCAUUCUUUUAUGCUAGUUUGCCAAGGUGAAUUUGAUGAUAUAUACCAUCAACAUCGUUCUUGUGUCACCCACAGUCACAGUUCUUGAUUACAUAACCCGGCUUGACUUGAUGAUGUUUGUGCUCCAAUCUGUAUGGGUCUAUUUGACCUUUGCAUUGAGACAGAGACAUACAAGUAUAUCAGUUGUAUCUUUCUGAACUGCUCCAUUGUGGAACCAAUUAAACCAAAUCAAUAUUCUAAUUAUGGAAAGUUCUUGCUACGUGUAUGAUGUAUCUUUUUGUCACUUUGUCUUUGUUAUCUUUAUGCAUAAACAAAUAAAAGUAUGCAGAAGUGAAGAUUUUCUUAAA